AUGGCUGCUUUAAAAGAAUCCUAUUUUUAUAGUAGCGAGGUUGAUCAAGAAUCUGAUAGAAUUAAAACAAUGGAAAAAGUUGAAGCCGUUGGUUCAAGUGCAACAAUAAUAAAAUUCCGGCUUCCAGACGGAAGUAAUAUUAUAGAAUAUUUUGAUAGAUCUGAUCUUGUGCGAUACUUAUUCGAAUUCAUUAAGGUGUCAGUUUCUGAAGCACAAGAUAAGCCACUUGAG